AUGCCGAGGUUUCAAGACAAGAGAACAUUCAAACUACUUAAUCCAGAGUUUCUCCCGUCCGAAGUACGACAUGCUAUCAUGUCAGUGAAGAAUCGUACUUCACCCGGUCUCGACAGAGUCAAGCCUGAACAUCAGAAAAACCUUUCGCCAGUACUCAACACACUGGCCAGGCUCCACACACGUUACCUAUCGGAAUGCAAGUAA